AUGGCUCCCGAUGAGGUAUCGCCGGAAAGCUAUCCGAGAAUUCGCUGGAAGUGGAAGUUGCAGUGGAGAGUGGAGAGUGGAGAGGGAGAGAGUGUAUCUGUUGUUGAAAGAUACAGUACCGGCACGGAGAGAAAUGUAGAUGAGAUGGAAGGUCAAAUAGAGAGAUUGGAGCACAAAAAUGGUCACCCACAUCAAAAGUUUGAUGAAGCAUCUGAUAAAUGCAGAGGUUGA